UCUUGUGAUUUCAGAUUCCAGCGAGGCGACUACCACAUCGAUGUCUGCAUCAAUGACUACCUGGAUGUGUUCUGCCCUCACUACGAAGAUUCGGUGCCAGAAGAUAAGACCGAACGCUAUGUUCUGUACAUGGUGAACUUUGAUGGCUACAGCUCCUGUGAUCACACUUCCAAAGGGUUCAAGAGGUGGGAGUGUAAUAGACCGCAUUCCCCAAAUGGACCGUUGAAGUUCUCGGAAAAGUUCCAGCUCUUCACGCCUUUCUCGCUGGGAUUUGAGUUCAGGCCAGGCCGAGAGUAUUUCUACAUCUCUUCUGCAAUCCCAGAUAAUGGAAGGAGAUCCUGUCUAAAGCUUAAGGUGUUUGUGCGACCAGCAAACAGCUGUAUGAAAACUAUAGGUGUUCAUGAUCGUGUUUUCGAUGUUAACGACAAAGUAGAAAAUUCAUUAGAACCAGCAGAUGAUACUGUACAUGAGUCAGCCGAGCCAUCCCGUGGUGAGAACGCGGCACAGACACCAAGGAUACCCAGCCGGCUUUUGGCAACUCUAUUGUUCCUCCUGGCAAUGCUUUUGAUAUUAUAGCACAGUAUGCUCCGGCAACCCGUCACAGAAAAUAUCAGGGUCUUGGAACAUCAAAGAUCCACCUAACUGCUCAUCCCAGGAAAGGGACUUUAUUGUUUUUGCAGAUGUCAAAUUGUUAUUUUUCCCUUUUCUUCUCCCUUUUAGCCUGAACUCAGCAAAAAUUUGAAGGGGAUAACUAGCUUCAGCACCCACCCCUACCUACCCUCUGACUUUCUUAACCCCUCCAUAUAAAUAAAAGGACUCCAAAUGAAAAUGCCAAACUAUAAUAGUGACACUAGUGAUUCUUAUUUUCCUCUGCAUUCUCCUUUAAGAAGUCACCUGCGUUAGCUCACUGUGUCAUCUGUAUGUGGACGAGAAAGUGUAGUGGCAGAUGCAGUCAGUGAGGGAUAAGGAAAGUGAGUGGAAACCUGGGAGAGUCUUUCUCUGUGAUAGAAUAUUUAUGCCUUCUCGUUCAGCACUGUAAGAUGAUCAUGCAAGGCAUUGUGUCACCAUGUCAGGACUGGAGGGGACAUAUUAAGAAUAGACAUAACACCAUUUCCUCCAGAAGUUUCUAAAUGAACAGGCUUCUGAAAUGGGAAGAUGAUGUUUCUUAUAAGCCUGUCUUGAAACAUCUUUGACAGUAAAAUUUUUGCUCGCAAGUAGAAAUGCUGUCUUUGGUGAGAGGAAAAAGUUAGUAUUUAGGAAUGUUAGCACACAGCAGGCAAGGUCAGACUUAGGAAACUUCACUGGGGGUGUGAGUGCCUCUGUUAUUUCGUUUUAAGGGGAUAAUGCACACCGGCUUAUUUUAUUUUAAAACAAAUCACCGUGGUGCUAAAAUUUUUUUCUUGAAAUGCAGAGGCACUUUUGAGAAUAAAGUGACCUUCCCCAGCACUCACUUAGUAGCUGAUAGCCUUGGAUGCUGCUCUGGGUGUUAAUACAUGCUAAAAGAGGACAUCGGUGGCCAGAGGAAACAUGUUUGGACACAGGAUCUCCAGUGUUCUCUUGAUUUGUCUCUCCUGUAAGUUCCUCAAUCAUGGGAAUAAAUCACCUGUAGAAGAAGCCAGGGCAGUCUAAUAGCAUUGUUUGGUGGGGCUAAAGAAAAGAAGUGUGGGAUAUGAAUUCAAUGUUGAUUUUUUAUCUUUUCCCCUUCCAGCACGGUUUGAAGAGUAGAGGAAACGUGUUUAUCAGCUGGAGAUAAACUAGAUGGGCUCCCAAAGACUUAACAAAAUAUUUUUUUAAAAAUCCACUAGAAUAGAAAAUACAUUAUUUAGAUAUACUUUAUGCUGAGAGUGAGUAUAUAUGCUUGUCCUAUUUAAACAUGUGAGAGAAGCGAUAACCCUUGAUGCAAUUAGAAAAUGGGACUGUCUUGUUCGAUGGAAUUAGGAGUGACCCUGUUCAAGGAAUCUGAGCCUUGGCUAACAAAACUUUAAAAAGUAAUUUGCCAGGAAGUGCAAGCCUUGGGGUAUUUUUUGGCUAGGAUAUUUUUUGCCAUGAAAUUUGGACUGCUAAUCAUCAUCAAUGAAAUUUCAGACCCAGACUGAAACAGAGCUUUUCUGACAAAACCUGCAGUAAUUAAGUUAAAUGUGAAACAAAAGAUGGAGCAUAUUCAAUCAAAACAAAAUUUUUGUAUAUUAAUUAUGAAGAAAAAUUCUGCUAUAACAAAAUUGAGUGCUGCCAUUAGUGGACACCAGUUCAUAGGCUUUUUAUUUUUAAAUGAAGAAGGCCCUUCUCAACAGGCAGGAGAGGGGAAAAUAAAUUUGAUAUGUAAAGGGAGGUUUUAUGAAUGCUGAGCUAUGACCUGGGCUUGCCUGAUAUCAUACAUGGUCAUGAAGAAGGGGCCUGUACUUACAGGAGGAAUGCAGGAAAUUUGCUCUAGUGUGAAGUGCAUGGGAUAAAGAUUCACAGUCCAAACAGUGAGGGAAGUCAUCAUCUCAUUACAGGCUGUCUGGUACUUUGCUCUCUUUAAGGUGUAUAUAAUUGAUACACACAUUAAUAGUUUCUGUAGGUGGAAUUAAAAAGCUUUGAAUGAGGUGAGCUUAAUCAGAAUGCAUCUUACCAAAUGGAUUUUUAACCAGAGUAUGGAUAAUAUUGCAUGAUGUGUAACCAUAUUAAAAAGAUUUAUAUUAGUUGCACGCAGUCACACAAGUAGUGCAAAUUUGAUGUAGGAAUGGUGACUUCAUUUGUCAUCCUUUGUCUCUGAAUGAUGUUGAAGACGUGUAUUUGCCCACAGCAAAGGAUUGUCACUAGCGUUACUCCUGAUGAAACUCACCCCUUCAUACUGUCCCAGAGCUUGCUGCACAGGUGAGGCACAGCACAAGCGAAGGUCCCCAGGCUGCCCAGCAUGGCUGGGAGCAGCAUUCCAGGCACUGCCAGUUUCAUACUUGAUGGCAUUAGGCAAUCCCGGUCAUACUAAGUGCAUAAAUGUUGGUGGGUUUUGUGUUGUGUUGCAACCCUCUGGAUGCUUUAAAUGCAGAUGUUGCUGAAAAUUAAGGAGCUUGUUGCUCCCUUACCUUCAUCUGCCCCUGCUCAAGUCUGAGGUACUGAUUCUCCCCAGCCUAGGUGGGUUGCUUACACCCAUGACCUGCACUCCUGGCUGCCAAGGGUAUUGGAAUGUGAAGCAGGCAAAAUAGGGAACAGUCAGUUUAGUGGAUACUGUGUAUCCUUCGAUAGACAAGGUAACAUUUCGUGUUAGUUUAGAAUAUUGUUUUGUACUGUACUUACCUGGAUGACGAAGGAAAGACAAGUAAAACUUAAAGCUAUGUUCUUUAAAUUCUGUAUUAUUAGCAACCUCUGUUGUAUAUAGUGUUUGAUAAUAAAGUAUUAAUUUGAUUCUUAUGUCUUUUGUAAGUGAGAACAAUAGACUUUCAGGAUAUUAAAAUCACGUGUUGAUUACAAGACAGAGCUUUGAAGCAUCAAGUGUGAUCAUGGCUGAGAACUGAGAGACAAGUGGCCAUGACACUGCAGCAUACAGGACUCAUCUUUGAAAAUUGUUCAUCUGUUGCAAGACUUCACAAUGUCAAGACCUGGAACAACAUGACUUUUGAUGAUCAGAGUUUUGUCCUCGGUGUUUAAAGGUCUUCUGUUGGAGCCCAGUGGUUUCUGUGUUAGUUUUGUUCUUUUGUAUCAUGUUUGUUUCUAAAAAGGCUUUGGGGAUAUAACAACUUUUCUGUUAUUUUGUUUGUUUGUUUCUUUUUAAUUUGGUUUUUUUUCCCUCUUUUUUCUGGAUUUGUUCCCAUGAAUAGUUUUUUUCCAGAAGGGAUCUUGCCAGUGUCGUGUGUGAUAUAUGUAUGUACUUGGUACCAAAAGAGCUAGAAACAAAUUUGGGAAGUACUGAGAGUAGUUGAGUAGAUUAUUUCCUUUCCUCUAUAAUUAUGGAAGGAAAAUGGUUGUAUUUGUACCUGUUGAUUCCCACCCCUAGCCCUCAAAACUGAACUUAAUCCAUUGCCUUAAGAGCGCAAUGGUUCAGUCACUUUCAGAGGUUUAGAGUGUUAACUCUCCCUCUCUUUCCAUUACACUUGGAUUUUGUAAUCACCAGUUUUAAUGUAUAACCCUCCACACUUCUCUGCCCUCUUCCUGCCCUGCCUCCUCUCCCACCCUCCUCCUUUUUUCAUUUGGAGCUGUGAAUGGGCAGAUCUGUUUCUGGUCUGGCAUCACUGAGUUUUUCCCAUGCAUUCGCCCUUGAGCUUCUCAGAUGUGAGACAAAUCUCCCUACAAUAGGCUUGCUGCCAUUGUCUGUACAGUUUAAUAGAUGCUGGCAUGUUGGAGGUUACCCAUGAGUCUGCGAAAUCCGCUUACCAUGCUUACUCUUGACAUCCCAUUGAAGACACUCAUUGUGUAUGCAUCUGGGUAUGGAAGUUCAGCUCAGUGUGGUCCUGUGCUUGUACUGCCCUGCUUUGCAGUUUCUUUGCACUUAUUCAUUGAGUGCUGUUUUUGAAAUGCUUACAUUAUAUAAACUUAAAAGAAAAUGUUAGGAAAAAAACCACCCAAACUCCCUGCCCCAUAAGAUCUGUAUUUGUAUAUACAC